AUGGAGAAAAAGGGAGAUAUGAUAUGCAUACAUAUCAAGCCUAUAAAUGUGGAGGAGGAGAAUUCUGUAGAAAAUAUCGUGAACCAGAUAUCUGAAAAUUUGAGAGAACCAAACAAAGAACUUAUUAGCGAAAUAAUUUCAGCUCUAGGUAUUGUUAGAACAAUGCAGUACUAUAAUAAAACAAGAAUCAUUGAACAACAAGGAGGGCUGUGUUGUAAAGAUGGCUCUCGUAGACGAAAACCUGGUGGUGUCUUCUUUCAUCUAAUAUACCAUGAUACUUCAGUUUCAGAAUCUAUCAAACAGAUUUUUUCCAAUGAAGCUCGUAAAAAGUACAAAAUGAAGAAAAUUGAAAUAAAAGAAAGAAGAAGAAAGCACAAUGAAGAAUUGAAAGAGCGCUUGAUUAAAGAGGGUCUUCUCAUGAUAUCCAAUGGUCAACAGAAAAAUAAUUAA